AUGGCGGCAGGUCUGAACCUCCAGCCUCAGACGGUCAACGGUCGCCUUAAACUUGACCUGAGUAACCAGGGUCUGACGUCCAUCCCGGAGGAGGUGUUUCAUAUCACUAACCUGGAGAUUCUAGAUGUGUCCAACAACAAACUCACCAGCAUCCCGGAAGCGAUCGGCCGUCUACAGAAACUUUGGCGUUUGGACGCUGACAGCAACAAGUUGAGAAGUUUGCCAGAAGCAAUCGGUUCAUUGCAGAGAUUGACACACCUGUACAUAUAUGACAAUCAGCUGACAGAAAUUUCACCAAAGGUUUGUUCUCUGUCCAACUUGGAGGUGUUGAAUGUUGGCAACAACAAACUUUCCACCCUACCUCCUGGUGUUAAAAAGCUGCAGAAAUUGACACUCCUGUACAUUUAUGAUAAUCAGCUGAAAGAGGUUCCAGCAGAGGUUUGUUCUCUGUCCAACCUUAAGGUGUUGAAUGUCGGUAACAACAAACUUUCCACCCUACCUCAUGGUGUGGAAAAGCUGCAGGAAUUGAGAGUGCUGAACAUUUAUGAUAAUCAGCUUAAAGAGGUUCCAGCAGAGGUUUGUUCUCUGUCCAACCUUGAGGUGUUGAAUGUCAGUAACAACAGACUUUCCACCCUACCUGAUCAUGUGGAAAAGCUGCAGAAAUUGAGAAAACUGUACAUCUGUAAAAAUAAGCUGACAGAGCUUCCACCAGGGGUUUGUUCUCUGUCCAACCUUGAACUGUUAAUUGUUGGUUCAAACCCGAUCCGACGUCUCCCCGAUGACGUCACACGACUCACCAGGCUGAAGACUCUAGGUGUCCCCGACUGUCAGUUUGAAGAGUUCCCCAGACAGGUGCUGGAGCUGAACACACUGGAGAAACUGUAUGCAUGGGGCUGCAAGUUUGUCAAUGUCCCAGAAGAAUGGGAAAAAUUACAAAACCUGAGGCUCUUGCAUUUGGACCGUAACCUACUCAGAACCCUGCCAAGCACCAUGAGUCACCUGCACAACCUACGGGAGGUCUACCUCUGGAACAACAAGUUCGACACAUUCCCAGAAGUCCUGUGUGAACUGCCUGCCAUGAAGAAACUGUACAUAAAGAAAAACAACAUCACCAGGCUCCCAACCGCCCUUCACCGAGCAGACAAACUGAAGCACUUGGAUGUUUCUAACAACCCCCUGACAUACCCUCCACAGGACGUGUGUAAACAAGGGACUGGCGCCAUCAUGACGUUCAUGAAGCAGCAGGCUGAGAAAGAGCCAGAGAUUUUUCAUGUCUUCGAGUGUCUGUCUUCAAAGGUGAAGCGGACCCAGUGGAAACCAAUUGCCCGAAGCCUACUCAACGACAAGGAGAUGGAGACUUUACAUACUUCCGCCCCAGACAACAUUCCUGACCAGGUGUACCAGACCCUGGUGCAUUGGAAAGAGAAGGCAGGUGAGGCGGCCACACUUCCCGCCCUGGAGCAGCACCUGAGAGAACUGGGCUUUGACCAGCUGGCCGAGCACCUGGCAUGGAUACCCAGGGCCCACACCAAGACCCUAGAGCAACUCAUCCGGGAGCUACUCUUUGCUGACGAUGCUGCUCUUGUAGCCCACACCAAGUUCGCCAUGCAGCGUGUAACAUCUUGCUUUGCAGAGGCAUCCGAACUCUUCGGUCUCGAAGUUAGCCUGAAGAAGACUGAGGUUCUUCACCAGCCUGCCCCCCGAAAGAAGUACCGCCCACCCUGCAUCAAGAUUGGUGAGAAACCACUGAAGGCUGUACAUCAGUUCACUUACCUGGGGAGCACCAUCACAUCUGACGCAAAGAUUGACAAGGGAGUUGACAACAGACUCGCAAAGGCAAACAGAGCCUUUGGAAGACUUCCCAGCCGAGUCUGGAAGAGCAGGCAUCUGAAAAAAGACACCAAAGUCACUGUCUACAAAGCCAUGACCGUCAACAGUCGCCUUAAACUUGACCUGAGUAACCGGGGUCUGACGUCCAUCCCGGAGGAGGUGUUUGACAUCACUGACCUGGAGGUUCUAGACGUGUCCAACAACGAACUCACCAGCAUCCCGGAAGCGAUCGACCGUCUGCAGAAACUUUACCGAUUGGAUGCUCACGGCAACAAGCUGACAAGUUUGCCACAGACGAUCGGGUCCUUGCAGAAAUUGACACACCUGUAUAUUUAUGAUAAUCAGCUGAAAGAGGUUCCAGCAGAGGUUUGUUCUCUGUCCAACCUUGAGGUGUUGAGUAUCAAAAGCAACAAGCUUUCCACCUUACCUCCUGGUGUGGAAAAGCUGCAGAAAUUGAGAGUACUGAACAUUAAUGAGGUUUGUUCUCUCUCCGACCUUGAGGUGUUGGAUGUCAGUAACAACAAACUUUCCACCCUACCUGAUGGUGUGGAAAAGCUGCAGAAAUUGAGAGAACUGUACAUUCAUGGUAAUCAGCUGACAAAGGUUCCACUAGGGGUUUGUUCUCUGUCCAACCUUGAGGUGUUAGUUGUCAGUCGGAACCCCAUUCAAAGUCUCCCCGAUGACAUCACACGACUCAACAGGCUGAAGACUUUUAGUGCUAACGAUUGUCAGUUUGAAGAGUUCCCCAGACAGGUGCUGCAGCUGAAGACACUGGAGGAACUGUAUGCUGGACAACACGGCAGACGCAAGUUCGACACUGUCCCGGAUGAAGUGGGAACCUUACAGCACCUGUGGUUGUUUUCAUUGGAAAAUAACCUCCUCAGAAACCUGCCGAGCACCAUUAAAAACCAGCACAGCCUGAGUGUGGUCCAACUCCGGAACAAUAAGUUCGACACAUUCCCAGAAGUCCUGUGUGAACUGCCUGCCUUGGAGAAACUGGACAUAAGUAAUAACAACAUCACCAGGCUCCCAACCGCCCUUCACCGAGCAGAUAAGCUGAAGUACUUGGAUGUUUCUGGAAACCCCCUGAAAUACCCUCCACAGGACGUGUGUAAACAAGGGACUGGUGCCAUCAUGGACUUCCUGAAGGAGGAGGCUGAGAAAGAUGAGAAAAUUCUUCAGGCUUUUAACCGUCUGUCCGUGAAGGUGACGCAAACCCAGUGGAAACCGCUUGCCCGGAGCCUAGGGCUCAGCAAAAGGGCCAUAGACGCCAUCAAGGCUUCUGCUCCAGACGACGUUCAUGAGCAGGUGUACCAGACCCUGGUGCGGUGGAGAGAGAAGGAAGAUGAGGAGGCCACACUUCCCGCCCUGCAGCAGCACCUGAGAGAACUGGACUUUCACCAUCUGGCAGAGCAGCUUGUACCAACACCCAGGGCCAUGCCAUGCAAUGCAUGGACUGGCAUGGCCAGGUCAGGCAAGAACAGGCUAGAAGCCAAUGCCAUCACAUCAAAAUUCUAUAUCAGCUCUUAA